UACCCGAAGCAAAAAUAAUAAAUUCAUUAUUUAUUCGUGCAAGUUGACUAAGCGCUCGCUGGACACCUGCAGCUUUACAAAUCGCGAGGUACGCGCGGCUCGCCUCGUCAAUCCUUCGGAAAAUUUCGGCUGCUUUCGUGCGCCGCUGUUGUGAAAUGGACGCGACUGAACCGGCGGCGAAAGCGCUGCAGCUGGGCGACGCGUCUGCGGGAGAGGCGGCGGGGUCGGAUACCGAAUCGGAGGCCGAAGUCGCCACGUUGACUGUGAUGGGAGAAGCGGCAAACAUCGACAUCACCGAAUCCCUACCGAACCCCGACGACGGCGAAACCGCGUUUGCAGAGGUGACAGCCGUCACUGUUGGGGACGUCCAGAGUUCAGAUGACACUGUCUUCACCUCCACAGCAGCGUCCAUCCCUGAACACCUGCUCACUGGCAGAACCACGCUUCAGAUCGGAGACAGUCUGAGUACCCAGAAGGCCACACUGAUCGUGGUGCACACGGAUGGGAGCAUCGUAGACGCCACAGCGCUGAAGGGCACCGCGACACCUGGCCCUCAAACCCCGAGUACCCCUCUGACGUCUGGACGCGAUAAGGACGUCUCUAAGUACAACUGGGAUCCGUCGGUUUAUGAGAACGAGCUUCCGGUCCGCUGCAGGAACACCAGCGGGAUUCUGUACAAAAACAGACUGGGCUCAGGGGGCAAAGGGCGCUGUAUCAAACACAACAAUAACUGGUACACCCCGACUGAGUUUGAGGGUAUGUCAGGGAGAGCGAGCAGCAAAGACUGGAAGAGAAGCAUCCGCUAUGCUGGCCGACCUCUGCAGUGUCUCAUUCAGGAGCGUAUCCUGAACCCUCAUGCAGCGUCCUGUACGUGUGCGGCCUGCUGUGAUGAUCUGUCAACAGUGAGUGACACGUGUACGAAGGACGGAUCUUUCGGAGGAGAGAACAUCUCCAUGACGGGCCCCGUCAGACUGUUCGUCCCUUAUAAAAGAAGGAAGAAGGACAACGAGCGGGCAGCUUCUCCUGAGAAGAAGGAAGUUCAGUCUCCAAAGAACAUCACCCUGGGUCCUGGAGCAACAUUUACAGUGACUCCGUCCGGACAGAUCACCACAUCAGGCACGCUGACCUUUGACCGAACGGCGACAGGAGAGACGGCGGCCAUCAUCUCCGACAGCCCAGCGCCCGCUGACAUCUUCACCAACACAACCGUGUUGACCACCAUUCCUGCGCUGGCGGUGGUCCCUCAGCAAGCCGUGGUGCAGUCUAAACCCUCUCCGUCAGGGCCGAUCAUGAACGGGCUGGAGACGGCCGAGCAGCGCACGUGGCUUUACCUGGAGGAGAUGGCCAAUACGCUGCUCAACAACGUCCAGCAACUCAAAGUCCUCAUCGCACAGGCCAAACAUGCCAGUCAGAGCGGAGCGCAUGGCGCCAUCAGCCCAGAGAAAAACAGUAGCAUCAGAAAAGAGUCCUUUCAGAGUCAGUUGUCACUCAGUGAAGAACCUGAGGGGAAAAUCACUGAAAUUAUCAUCAAGCACACGUGUGUGAACUGCGGUCGAGAGGCGUCCAGUGAGUGUGCGGGCUGCCAUAAAGUCCAUUACUGCUCUGGCUUCUGUCAGCGAAAAGACUGGAAGGAGCAUCAGCUGAGCUGCUGUCCACCGGGCACGACUGUCAGCAUUCAGGAAUACGCUCAAAUGGCCGGUGUGGAGGUGGAGAAAGGGAAGGCCUAGCGCUCUCACCGCAAGACCGUGACGUAUGAAGUCUAGAUGGGUGAUCACUUCUGUUCAUGUGUUUUAGUUCAGCUCUAAAGCCUCGUGGUAGCAGCCCCCUUACACACUGUGACAUGAAUGACGUCUGUACUUUCUGUACCAUUUGAGCGGUUUCACCAUCUCACUAUGGAUUUUGUACGUGAAGAUAAUCCUUAAAGUGGUAGCUCACCAAAAAUCAUUUACUCACCCUUAUGUUUUUCGAAGUCUUUUUGAACACAAUAUGUUGUGUCCAAGCUCACAAUUUCCUUAAAAUGAAGACAUAAAAUUAACAGUUUUUAAGCUCCUAAAAGGAAAAAUAAAAACGCUAAAGUAAUCCACGUGGCCUGAAAUUUAAGAUAAUCAAAUUGUAGCUCUCAAAUCUAUGAAAGCUUGUUUCCGCCACAAGAAAAAUUAAAUAAAAUGGGU